CUAAUUUGAAGAGUGAUUUUAUUGACGAAAACUCUAAACUUUGGGUGAAAAUCUGAGAAUGACAAUGGAUUUAAAAUGUUUGUGAUUUUUAACUGUAUGCUUCAAUUAUAAAAGCAAAGACUAUGUUAUUUCCAUAAAUGUUUCAAAGAACCGCAAAGGGAAUCUAGAUUCGAAACAUUUUCCUAAAUAUAGCUUCGACUGCGCGUCGCAGUUGACAAAAAUAUGCCGAAGAUACCGUAUAAAGCUGAAAAAUGCCAAGAUGAUGAAGACUAUGAAAUUGUCUCCUUUGAAGACUUCUGUGAUAAGUCGCCAGGCUCUAAAACGGAUUUAUUAACCCUCAAUGACAACAUUAAUUACAGACUUCAUUAUGAGAGCGAUAAAAACUCUAAUAGCGCUGAAACUGGUGAGCCCUCGACUCGCAAUGUUGGUAUGCAUACAGAGACUUCGCUCAGUGGCCCAAAGAAUGCAUCUUAUAAGAGAAAAUUGUCUUUUGCUCCAUUUGGAAAAUCUGACAAGACAAAUCGUGGACCCCUUUUUGGUGGAGUCGUACCAAGGCCUCGGAAUGAUGAGGAGACUUCAAGGGAUCACAGAUACGAAAGAUUUUCGCCCAGGCGCAGUUGGCUUGUUUGUUGUUGGGAAACGGCGACGAACCUGUUCCCCGGUAUGGUUGCGACCGCUUUACUCAUCGCCUUGGGUGUUGCAGCAUGGUGGGCGGUGGGCGGCGUUUUGGGCGGGAGCUGGGGCGAUGAUCAUUACAGAAAACUGUGGGAGCGUGCUCACCCGGAAGAUGUGAAAAUACCAUUAUCACCAAUCAUUGAAAAGGUAAUACCAACCGAAAAUCGAUACCACGACCACAACAACUUGUCUACGAAGAACAAGAUCAACAUGUCCGAAGACAGCAAAAGGAAGGAUUAUAAUAAGAAGAGCGCGUACACCGAGCGGCCGAUAGAAGUGUUGCGGGAAAUGUGCGCGCAAGUCACGGACAAUAUGCGCUUUGACUGCCAUCCGCAGGACGGCGCUAGUGAGGAGGGGUGCACUCAAAGAGGCUGUUGCUGGAAGUCCACUGCUGUAGCGGGCGCGCCGUACUGCUUCUACCCGCCGCAGUACGACACGUACCACUUCGUCAACAGCACGGAGACCAAGCACGGCAUGGGCGUGUACUACGGUCGGGCGCGCGACGCCGGCUACCCGGGCCAGUUCAACACUAUCAAACUGGACUUCUACUACGUUUCUGAUGAUGUACUGGAGAUUAAGAUUUUCGACGCGGAUAACAAGAGAUUCGAAUCCCCAUACCCCGAAGUGCCAAUGGUGUCCAGCCCCAUAUCGCAGCUGAAGUACCGCGUGCAGGUCGACAGCUCGGCCGUGGGGUUCAAGGUCAUACGGAAUUCGGACAACGUUACACUAAUGGACACUCAAAAUGUGGGAGGGCUUAUUCUAUCAGAUAAGUUCUUGCAGAUGUCUUCUUUACUACCGUCGGAACAUUUGUACGGUUUGGGGGAGAAGCAAGCCGCGUUCUUGAAUGACUUGAAUUGGAAGACGUUUACAUUAUUCAACAGGGAUAUAGCUCCAACUGAAAACGUAAACCUAUACGGCUCGCAGCCGUUCUACUUGGCGCUGGAAACCAGCGGUCGCAGCCACGGCGUUCUGCUUCUUAACACCAACGCGAUGGACAUAGUACUACAACCGACUCCGGCAAUAACCUACAGAGCACUGGGCGGUAUGCUAGACUUCUAUGUGUUCCUCGGCCCAACCUCCCAAGACGUGGUCUCGCAAUACACUGCGAUGAUUGGUCGACCGUUCAUGCCUCCCUAUUGGUCCCUCGGCUUCCAUUUGUGCAAGUUCAAUUACGGCAGCCUCAAUGUGACCAGAGAUGUUAUGGAGAAGAACAGAGAAGUAAUACCUCUUGAUGUGCAAUGGAACGACCUUGACUACAUGAGCACUGGCAACGAUUUCACAUAUGACACCGACAAAUUCGCCGGCUUGCCGCAAUUCGUUGAGCAGUUACACGAUAAAGGAAUGCAUUAUGUUAUACUAAUUGAUCCUGGCGUGAGUGCGUCGGAGAAGCCUGGCGAAUAUCCACCUUUUGACCGCGGCUUAGAAAUGGAUAUAUUUAUCAAGAAUUCCUCAAAUCAGCCUUUUGUCGGAAAGGUAUGGAACCGGGAGUCUACUGUAUGGCCGGAUUUCACUCACCCCAAAGCCUUUGACUACUGGCACGAGAUGAUGGCGGACUUCCAUCACAAGGUCAAAUACGACGGUGCUUGGAUCGAUAUGAACGAACCGUCAAACUUCCUCUCCGGCUCGAUGUACGGGGAUUGCGCGCCCGAGGACCUACCGUACAAGCCCAUAGCCGUUCCCGAUGAAGGACUCAAGUACAAGACGCUAUGCAUGGACGCUAAACACUUUAUAAGCAGGCACUUCGACGUACACAACGCUUACGCGCUCAUUGAGGCUAUCACGACCUACAGGUCGCUAGCUGAGGUGCGCGGCAAGCGGCCAUUUGUAAUUUCUCGCGGAUCUUUCUCGGGUAUCGGACGCUGGUCUGGACAUUGGAGCGGUGAUGUUUUCAGUAGAUGGCACGAUCUACGCAUGUCUAUACCAGAUUUGCUAAGCUUCAGCAUAUUCGGUGUGCCAAUGAUGGGCACAGACAUCUGCGGGUUCAAUGAAAACACCACCGUUGAAUUAUGCAAACGCUGGAUGCAGUUGGGGGCCUUCUACCCGUUCUCCAGAAACCACAACACUAACGACGCUAAGCCCCAAGACCCGGUAAGUUUGGGACCGGAAGUGGUAAAGGCCAGUCGCAUCGCCUUAAUGAUGCGGUAUCGCCUUCUUCCUUACUACUACACGCUGUUCUGGAGGGCGCAUCUGUAUGGGGAGACGGUUGCAAGGCCGCUGUUCUUUGAAUUCCCGCACAACAAAACAGUGUAUCCAAUAGACGAGCAAUUUUUAAUAGGGCCAAACGUCCUUAUAUCGGCCAUCCUCACCGAAGGCGCUAACACCACUAAAGCUUUGUUCCCGGGGAGCAACCCUUGGUUCAGUUUCGCGGACGGACGGGAACUGGCCACGGACGAAGCGAUAGACAUCAGUGACACAGACAUCGUGUCUAUUAGGGGUGGUGCCAUCAUACCACUACAAGAGCCGCCAUCCAAGGGUCCCGUCAACACGGCGAUAACUAGAAGCGCUCCCAUGCAAUUAUUGGUGGUACCAGACGUCAACGGACAAGCCAAAGGAGAACUUUACUGGGACGAUGGCGACAGUAUAAAUACGUACGAAGAAAAGAAAUACAGCCAUAUCGAGUUCGCGGUUAAAGACAAUCAGCUAACCAGUUCAAUCCAGUGGUGGGGCUACGGGGUCCCCUCCAUCAACGCCAUCAGGGUGCUCGGUCAGAACCCCAUCAAAACGGUCACAGUAAAUGACGUCAUUGCAAACUUCACCUAUAUUAAUAAAGCAACCACUAUAAUUUGAUUCGUUCUGAUAUUGCAGGGUUGCCACACUUGUGGCUCGAAGGGAUGCAACCGUCAUGAUCCAGAAAUAUCUGCAGAGCCAUGGACAGGUCUGCAUAUACACAAACAAUUGGACCAGGCUAUAGAAGAUUUUUAUAAUACAAUUUUAGAACAAUUUGUGAACACAUGGUACAGCAAGAUCACUCAACAGCCAUUUUUUGUGGACGAGUUACGACACCAACUUAGAUAUGCUUCUGCCUCACUACUCAAGAGAGCUGUGAAGAUAAACUACGCGCGCUUUAUCUGCUCGCGCCUAGUACCGUGUGCUUUACGUCAUUACUCAGUGUGGUCGGCGGGCAGUCGGCCGACAGUGCACGUGGCGGCUAGCAACCGAACCGCUGAGUUGCGUUACCUGCGAUGUGUCACUGAGGCACUUUUGCCGCAUCUCUUGAAGACUGUCGAGUGCCAGAAUACUGCAUUCCGUGUUCUAAUAAGAGAGAUUUUCGCUGGCUGGGUUCUGUUAUCACUGACUGAUGUGUUGGCCGACCCGUAUAUACUGAACACACUGAUAGUGCUGGCCACUGGAGAUGAGACCAUGGCUAUUCUUCCCGCCACACCAAAUUAUAAGGUAGAAUUUCUGGAGAACUUCGUCCGACAAACGGAAUCAGCGUACGGCGCCCGAGCAAAACUACUCCGUAUUGACUUGGAGCUGCUCCUCAAUAAUCAGGACCACUUCUACGCCCUACUCCAUCACCUGAAGACCACCACAGACAUAUACCUGCUACAGUUCUAUAAGGAUAUAAAAUCAUUCCAGACGCGUAUCUUGAAUCCGGAACUUACUUCGGAGGAAAAGGCGUCCUUACACCAAGAGGCUCGUGAAUUGUUCUCGCGGUAUAUGUCUUCGGAAGUGCCGAGAGUGGAACUGCCGGAUGCUUUACUUGCGGAACUGGAACAAUUGCUUGCGGCCGGGCCUGAAGAUGUUACAAGAUUGCAGACCAGUCGAGCAUUGUACCAGGCGGCGAGACAGUCGCACUCGGCCUUGGAAAAAAUAAUGUUGCCCAAGUUCUUACACAGUGAAGAGUUCUACAAAUUGUACAUCGGACCCAGAAUACCUAUCGGAUACCAGAAGCAAAUGACCAAAAGACCGCAAGAAAAAUUAAACAUGCUAAAGCUGGGUAUUAAACUCAAGAAUGUUCUGAGACCGCAAGUGAUAGACGGACAGAUCCUUGAAUCUAUUAGUGCGGAGUUAGAAGACGAUGAGAGUCUGGAUAAUGUGGACAUACUGAAGUAUCUGGACUCGUUGGCUUCGGAUGACUCGAUGGAUCAGAACCUGAGCACUUACAAAGUUGUUUUGACGAAUGUGGAAACGAGAUUGCAGCCACCUCCACGCCGCGGUUCCGUGCGGGUGUUCACCCUGGCAGUACACAAAGUGAGGGAGGGAUUUCCGCCCACGUUUUUCAGUUUGGAGAGAAGUGAGCACGACUUCCAUUUACUGAGGAGUAAGCUUCUCGAGUUUCACGGAGACACGCUGCUGGCGGACCUUCCAUUGCCUUCCAGAAGAGACAACAGCCCCCUAGAGACGUUGAGGUAUAAAUACGAGGACUUUCUCCAGCGGCUCAUACAGAUAAACCUACUCCAGACCAGCGAGCUUCUCCAUUUAUUCCUUACGGUAGACGGUGACUUUUCUAUGUUAGUCCAAGCUUCAACAUUGAGCGCAUCAGCGUCGGACCUGGGCAAUAUCUACCAGUCGGUGGCUCACAAGCUAAGGAAAGAGAAGGGACAGCAUUUGGAAAGUUUCCUGAGGAACUUCCUCAUCUCUUCCGAUAAGGAGCGAUAUCAGGCUCUAAAACAAGGCACUGCACGCGACAUAGAAGAGGCCCAUGAAGUGGAUGUAGAAGAACUCGAGCAGAAACUCACAAGACGUCCGAACAAUGUGCGCAAUAUCCACACUAGUGUUUUCCAAAACAACUUCGACGUCGAUCCCGUGGUGACAAAACGCGACGUGCAUUAUCAGGACGCCGUUGUAGGAUUUUCGCAGUGCUUCAUGUAUUUGCUGUCAAAAGUGAUAAAAGGCCGGAGCUUCGUGACUGGCAUUGUCGGCAACUUCGUCGGCAUGUCUCGGCAUUUGGCGGACAACGUGUUCAACGUGCUUCUGAACCAGUGUCUGUACUCACUGCUCAGUGAGAGGCGGCUGGCUCAUUUGAUACGACUGGGCCACGGUAUUCUCUUCGGCAAGAAGUCGUCCCCCCGAACGGACCCCGACCAGCUGCGUCAGUUAGCGCGGUACCAGCUAUUGAGGGCGAUACCACCGGCGGCCUCGCUAGCGCUGGGCCCGGGUCUGCCCGCCGCCACACUCAAAGCCUUCGAGCUCGUACAAAACCCUCAGCUCAAUAAACAGUUGGUGUACAACUUACUGGACCUAUGCAUAAUGGAACUGUUUCCCGAACUACUUAACACAGAAUCAAAUGUGAAGAACAGUUGAAACAGUGUUAUUCUAUUAGUUUCUAAUAUUUAUUAAUACUAUUGUUUAAAUUCCAAGUAAGAGAUUGACUGCUGUUUCACCUGAUGGUAUGUGACGAUGCAGUUUCUUAUUACUCGGUAGUUCCUUGAACUCCAGACCCUUUAGAGUGUAUAGUUCGGACAGAACCAAAAUAGCAAAACGUGUUUUGCUUUAAUCACUUGGUACUAAAAUAUUUUACAUAUUGGCUUAAUAUAUUACCUUGUUGGUUCAGUGUUCAGCAUGUUCCGAUUAAGAUCAUAUGGUCCUGUGUUUGAUUCCCGGGUAUGGCCAAAAAAUUAUUGGCGUCUUUCUGCAAAGAAAUUCUCAAUGCCUGACCAGACCUCGGAAAUUGGUAUUUUCCACCCAUGUGCUUCGGAGAGCACGUAAUGCCGUCGGCCGUCGGUCCCGGUUGUCGUCCCUAAAAUGUCGUUAAAGCCCACUGACUUGUAUUUGAGCAACAUGGUGAGUCCACGUAUCCAAACACUCUAGCCUAUACUCAGCAAUGGGACAUAAGGCGGCUGUGGGCGAUGAGUAUAAUAUUAAAAUACAGCUAUACAAGGUCUGAGCAACUCAGCGGGCGAUGGAGAGAGCUAUGCUCGGAGUAUCUCUACAUGAUCCAAUCAGGAAUGCGGAGAUACGCAGGAGAACCAGAGUUACCAACGAUUCGCGAUGCUGAAGUUGCAAUGGGCGGAGUACACGCGGAGAAUCGAUGGACGUUGGGGUCCUAAGGUGCUGGAAUGGCCACCUCACACCUGUAAACGCAGUAUUAUUGGAACCCGCAAAGCAGACGGAUGACUUUGAGCUAGUCGCAGGUAGUGUAAUAUAUGGAACUGCCUACAAAAGACCUGUGUCCAGCAGUGGACUUCCAUUGGUUGACGUGAUGAUGAUACAAAGUUGACCCAAAAAAUAUUUUGUGUAAGACACUCCAUUUUCAUUCACUGCAUUUAUGUUGGUUAAUGUGAUUUAGUAACCACUUUUAUUGCGAAAAUACGUAUUUGUUAAAAAUUUAAUCUUUAACCUUCGACUACUAUAAUAUAGUCAGCGGCGUGCAUAAAGAAGGAAAAUUCCAUAAAAUGGAAAAAUCCUUCGCAUUUAUGAGUUAUACAAAAAUGCUAGGGUAGGCAGAGCUUUUGUGUAUAUAUGAAGUGCACGCCACUGAAUAUAGUGUGUUCCUCGUGAGGCAAGCUUCGUAGCAUUGAAAUCAACUUGCAAACCUCUAAAACCUCUUUAAUAAUGGUAUUAACCAUCAUGGAGGCGAGACGUCGUGCGAAAUUCAGAAGCCAAAAUCGCUCUUAUCAUAUAAACAUGGCUCGCUCGCUCGUUGCACUUUUUACGUUCUAGUUUCCCAACGAUAAGAAUAUUCUAUUCAUUUAACCGAGGCGCGAAGAUACCAUAUUUCUGUUAAUUUUGUGCGUAUUUUGUAUUUAAUUGUAAAUAAUUAUAUAAAACUAUUUUUGUAAUAGUUUAGUUAUUGGCUCGCGGCCUCGAUCUGUGAUAAAAUCGAGACCGCGGUAUUGUACGAAUAUUUGUAACAGGAAUGUGACACCAAAUAAAUUAUUUUCAUAUUU